AUGCCUCCCGCGCUGCAGACAGCCGUGAAGCGAAUCGGCCAGCCCAAGGUUGGCGAGAAUGGCUAUACGGGCUUUCACCCUGGCAAAAGCGAAGUAUUCACCGCAGGGUCGAAGCCUUUCGGCGAAGACACCAAAGCCUUGACCAGCGACAUCCGCCUGGACCACGACGUGGAGGUGGUCGUUCGUGACGGUGUUCGCAUUUACGUGGACGUUUACAGGCCGGAAAACUCCAAUGAGAAGAUCCCCGCUAUUCUGAGCUGGUCUCCCUAUGGCAAGAAAUACAGUUCGCUUGACAUGCUCCCAAUGACGAAAUGGCACUCCUGCGUCAAGCGGUCUGACCUCAGCGGCCUGGAAAAGUUUGAGGGCCUCGAUCCGGCCAUCUGGUGUCCUCAAGGUUAUGCCAUCGUCAGCGUCGACGCACGCGGCGCCGGCAACAGUGACGGGCAUAUAGGCGUGCAAGGCUCACAGGAGGCCGAGGAUGGAUACGAUGUUGUCGAAGCUGUAGCAAAGAUGGAUUGGUGCAAUGGCAACAUUGGUAUGGCUGGUAAUUCGUACCUGGCAAUCACCCAGUGGUUUGUGGCGGCCCAGCAACCGCCAUCUCUUAAGGCUAUCGCCCCGUGGGAGGGUCUGAGUGAUAUGUAUAGGGAACAAAUGUGCCGAGGAGGAUGGUUUUCCAUGCACAACUUCGACCUCAUCACCAAAGAGAUCUUACGGGGGCACCCUGGAUCCGGAGUCGAGGACUUCGCCGAAAUGUACCGGCGAUCCCCGACAAUGAAUUCCUGGUGGAGAGACAAGCGCGUCGACAUGACCAAGAUAGCAUGCCCCGUCUAUAUUCGAGGCGCGGAAGUUAGCGGCUUGCACACGAUGGGCUCCGUACGGGCGUGGUUGGAAAUUCCGCACGAAAACAAGUGGAUUCAAUGGGGUAGUUACCAGGAAUGGUUCGAACUGUACAGCAUGCCCGAGUCUACCACGUCCCUCACCAAAUACUUUGAUCGCUAUCUCCGUGGCAUUGACAAUGGUUGGGAGCGGGACACGCCCAAAGUGCGGUGGGCCACUUUGAAAUUUGGUGACAGCCACCCCGUCCACGACAUUGUGCUGGACGACUUCCCCGUCCCUGAGACCAAAUAUCUGGAGUUUUUUCUAUCCAGCAAUGGCAAGCUCAGCGACAAGACGCCAGCGACCGUCGAGAAGGUGACCUACAACUCCGAGGAUCGCAACAGCUGGGUGGAGUUCACACAUACUUUCACCGAACCUUCACGGCUUAUUGGACUACCCAAGGCAACCCUCUACGUGUCGUGCGACUCACGCGAUGACUUUGUGAUCUUUGUCAUCCUUCGAAAAAAGGACAAGCAUGGCAAAGAUAUGGUUCAUCUGAACUUCCCGUUCGAGGCGGCUCCGAUAAAGUCUGUGUCAGAGAUCGACGAAAAGGACCGACACAGCGUCAACACCUUUGCAGGUCCUAUGGGCAUACUUCGUGCUUCCCACCGUGACAUUGACUCUUCGAGAAGCAUUCAUCCAAAUUUCCCCUUCCACCCGCAUGAGAAACAACGGAAAGUGCCCCCUGGUACUAUUGUGAAGUUGGAGAUCGGUAUUUGGGCCCUGGGCGUCGACUACGACGCGGGUGAGAGUGUCAGCUUAAGGAUUGGUGGCCAGAACCACAGCGCUGCCGAGUUUAACGCCUGGUCAGUGCCGCGGCCCGAGCAUGAGUUGAACAAAGGAAACCAUACCUUGCAUCUCGGAGGGGAGUACCGUAGUUCCAUCAUCCUACCCUAUGUCGGAAAAUCGUAG